AUGAUCAAAAUCAACACGUGGCAAAGAGCUGGAACAUACAGUAAAGUUAUCACUCUGAUAAAGAAUGAGCUGAAAAGGUUUAAGAAGCUCCUGAGACCAGAUUAUCCAGCAUGCACUGACAGGGAGGUGGAGGAUGAGGAGGAUCUGCACAGUGUCGGAGAGGGAGCGAUGAAGAUCACACUGCACGUCCUAAAGAACAUGACCCACACAGAUCUCUCUAACACCCUGAAGCGCAUGCUCACCUCUGUGUAUCAGCCGAAGCUGAAAUCCAAGCUGAGAGAGAAGUUAAAAAGAAUUAAUGAAGGAAUCUCACAACAUGGAAGCUCAGAACUUCUGAAUGAGAUCUACACAGAGAUUUACAUCACAGAGGGUUGGAGUGGAGACGUCAAUAAUGAACAUGAGGUGAGACAGAUUGAGACAGUGUCCAGGAGACCAGCAACACAGGAGAAAUCCAUCAACUGUAAUGAUCUCUUUAAAGACAAGUCCAUCAGAACUGUGCUGACUAAAGGAAUAGCAGGAAUUGGAAAAACGGUCUCUGUGCAGAAGUUCAUUCUGAACUGGGCUCAAGGAAAAGCAAAUCAGGAUGUCACCUUUGUGUUCCCACUGCCCUUUAGAGAGCUGAAUUUGAUGUCUGAUGAAUCUUCUUUAUCACUUUUUCCCAGAAAUAAGAAAACUAGAAUCAAUAGACUGUGACUCCUACAAAGCCCUGUUCAUCUUUGAUGGUCUGGAUGAGUGUCAACUUCCUCUAAAUUUCCAGAAGAAUGAGAUACUGCUUAAUGUGUCAGAGUCAGCCUCACUGGAUGUUCUGCUGACAAACCUCAUCAAGGGGAAUCUUCUUCCCUCUGCUCUCCUCUGGAUAACUUCUCGACCAGGAGCAGCCAAUCAGAUCCCUCCUGAGUUUGUCUUCAGUGAUCAGAUCCUGGCCAAUAAAAUCAUUGCACACCUGAAGUCUUCACGAAGCCUCUACAUCAUGUGCCACAUCCCAGUCUUCUGCUGGAUCUCAUGAUCCAGAAUGAUGGAAUGUUGGGUCUCAGAAUGUUGGGUGAAGCAGAGAGUGGAGAGAUACCCAAGACUCUGACUCAAAUGUUCACACACUUUCUGAUCUUUCAGAUCAAACACAAGGACCAAAAGUACCAUCAGAAACAUGACUCUGGUCCUCAGCAGACCAGAGAGAGUAUCCUGGCACUGGGAAAACUGGCUUUCCUCCAGCUGGAGAAAGGAAACUUGAUCUUCUAUGAGGAAGACCUGAAAGAGUGUGGCAUUGAUGUCAGAGAAGUGUCAGUGUACUCAGGAGUGUGUACCCAGAUCUUCAGAGAGAAGUUUGGGCUUCACCUGGGGAAGUUGUUCAGCUUUGUACAUCUGAGUGUUCAAGAGUUUCUGGCCACUUUAUGCACAUUUCUCUCCUUUAUCAGCAGAAAUGUAAAAGAACAGCAAACCACUGGUCUGUCUGAUCAUUUCAAAAAACCAACCAUUUCUGAUCUCCUCAGAAGUGCAGUGGACAAGGCCUUACAGAGUGAGACUGGACACCUGGACAUGUUCCUACGCUUCCUUCUGGGUCUGUCACUGGAGUCUAAUCAGACUCUCUUACGAGACAAUGCCACAGACAGGAAGCAGAUCUCACAGCAAACAGGAAACAGUGGAUUACAUCAAGGAGAAGAUCAGAGAGAAUCCAUCUCCAGAGAAAUCCAUCAAUCUGUUCCACUGUCUGAAUGAACUGAAUGAUCAUUCUCUAGUGCAGGAAGUACAAACUUACCUGAAAGGUGUAGGUUACAGACGUCUCAGUGGAACCAGUCUCUCUCCUGCUCAGUGGUCAGCUCUGGUGAUUGUGUUACUGAGCUCAGAACAGGAACUGGAUGUGUUUGAUUUGAGUAAAUAUGAUCCAUCAGAUGAAUGUCUUCUGAGGCUGCUGCCAGUGGUCAAAGCCUCCAGAAAAGCUGAUCUGUGUGGGUGUAACCUGACAGAGGAAAGCUGUAGAGGUUUGUUCUCUGUCCUCACCUCAAACACCUGCAGGAAAUUAAACUGCAGGAUUCAGGAGUGAAGCUGAUCUCUGAUGGACUCAAGAAUCCACACUGUUCACUGGAGAU